AAUAACAUUAUUACAAUUUGGUUGAAGUUGUUGUUUUGUGUUAGUGAGAGAAAGCUUGUUCUCUCUCUCUUGACUCUAAACCCUAUUGCGUGCUUUGUAAUCGACCACGAUAAUGGCGAACAGUAACCUCCCUCGAAGAAUCAUCAAGGAAACGCAGCGUUUGCUCAGUGAGCCAGCGCCUGGAAUUAGUGCUUCCCCUUCGGAAGAAAAUAUGCGAUAUUUCAACGUGAUGAUCCUUGGCCCGUCACAGUCCCCUUAUGAAGGGGGUGUUUUCAAGCUAGAACUAUUUUUGCCAGAAGAAUAUCCAAUGGCUGCUCCGAAGGUUAGGUUUCUGACAAAAAUAUACCAUCCAAACAUCGAUAAGCUUGGCAGGAUAUGUCUUGAUAUUCUGAAAGAUAAGUGGAGUCCUGCACUUCAGAUUCGUACUGUACUUUUGAGUAUUCAAGCUCUUUUAAGUGCGCCUAACCCUGAUGAUCCACUUUCUGAGAACAUUGCCAAGCAUUGGAAAUCUAAUGAGGCCGAGGCUGUUGAAACAGCCAAAGAAUGGACCCGAUUAUAUGCCAGUGGCGCCUGAUGAUUUGGUGGAAGAUCUUGGCCUCAAAUAACUGUAGUGGAGUGUAUGCUAUUAACUGUCGAAUUGAAAAUGGAAAUUUAGAGGAAUUGUCUGAACUGUUCUGGAGUCAAUAUUCCUCAUAGCUUCUGGUUACCUAUUUAUUACUUUUUUUUCCAGGAAGCAUUAUCUUGGAACAUGUAUUAAUAUGUGAUCUUGUGUCAAAAAUUUAGAAAUUGCUCCAUCUUAAACUGCUAAAUGUAAUUUGGAUUCUCAACUUAUAAAAUCAUAUAACUUACCUGGAUC